AUGGUAUUCAACCCAACCAACUACCUCAGCAAGCAAGGUUGGAGUGGCCCAGGAAACGGAUUCACGACGACCAGCCGAGCAAAGCCAAUAACAGCCAUCCAGAAGAAGAACCAUUUCGGCAUCGGCAAGGACAGGGAGACCAGCCACCCUUGGUGGGACGACCUAUUCACACAGAUCGCUUCCAAACUAGAUCAACCAAAAACAACAACAACCAAAACAACAACAAACUCAAACCUCAACAUCCAUGCUAUCGAUCUCGCCAAGCAGAAGGCUGGGAGGCUAGAACUCUAUAGACGAUUCAUUAGAGGGAAAACGAUCCAAGGAACGAUCUCAGAAGAAGAAGAAGAACAAGAGACAGCAGUUACAACAGAAGACGAACCAAAUCAAGAAGAAGAUUCACAACAACAACAACUAGAAGAAUCAACUCAAAAGAAGAGCUCUAAACGCAAAACUGACCAAGAAUCACCCCCAUCCAAGAAACGGAAGUCUACUACUACCACUACUAAUACGGAACAAGCUACACCGCUUGAAACUGAUUCCAAACAGAAGAAGAAGAACAAGAAACGAAAGACUAGCGAGGCUACCAAAGAGGAUGGAGUUGAAGAAACCGGUUCAAAGGAGAAGAAGAAGAAGAAACAGAAGAGACGGAAGACAACCGAUUCGACUCUAGACGAAGGAGUUGAAGAAACUGGUACGAAGGAAAAGAAAAAGAAGAACAAGAGACGAACGAGAGACGAUCAGACCAUCAACACCGAUAAUCAACAGCUCAAAAACAAGAACAGAGAGAAAGAGUCUCCGGUUGAAUGGAUCGACAAUAACAAGUUAGAGACCAAUCCUCCAACCCUGAAGAAGAUCAAGAAUAGAAAAGAUUCAGAGUAG